AUGUUCUGCAAACGUCCUGCGACGCGGGGGCACCAGUUGUUUUACAUCUUUGCCAUGGCCGGUGUGGGAGGUGGAUGUCUGUCAGCGGGCUUUAACUUUGCAAUUGCCUAUGCCAUGUACAACACUAUCAAGCAGCCGAUCCAGCUGCUUCACCUACCCAACACACUGGCUGGCGAUGCUGCGCUCAGCAUCUUCGUCCAAUGCAUCCUGACCUGCUCGUCGCUCAGGUGGCUCCUCUUCCUGGAGCGCAACCCGUCGACGAAGCUGCACAAUAUUCUGCAGCAAGCUCUACGAGGCUUUCUCAUCUGCGUGCCCGCCUUCCUCGUCUUCUGGCCCGUCUCUGUCGGCCUCCUGACCAUGGUGGGGGAGAAGCUGGGCGAUGACUGGGUUUUUGAGAGGCGGUGGACGCCUCAGGUGUUCAAGGCCAUCCUCGGUGGCCUGCUCGGUUUGGUGAUCACGCCGGUGAUGGCCAUGUUCUGGAUGGUCAGGGCUGGGUGGGAUGAGGAAAUGGAGGCGGACAUGGUGGUCAAGGAGGAAUGCUGA